GUCGUAUCAACCAGUGCUGCGCUACUCGUAUAACUCCACGGCUGACUGGCAGGAGGCGCUACUCAUCGUCACUGUGGUGGGCAUCGCGACGGACGUGCGCGUUGACAACGUCACCGGUGGAUGCUCGCGACUCGCCGAAGACAACGCUGAAUUUGCCUUCACAUUAGCGCCUGGAUUUGACACAGCGUGGGUUUCCAACGAAACCCUAGAAAUGGAUGCAAGGUGCGUGUAUGACUUCACCCUGCAGCUUGGACAAGCCAGCUCAGACGGCAACGCAAGCACCACACUGACGAUAGACUCACUGCUGCUGCUGCCAAACACAAGCAAUUUCACUGUGUAUCAGCUGGCAGACGACGAUCAGCAAUAA